AUGAAAUUUGAGGUGAAGAAGGAACCCCCAGAAGCCGACCGAUUCUGCCACCGCCUGCCACCCGGAUCCCUGUCUUCUACUCCGAUUAGCACCCCCUGUUCCUCUGUGCCGUCUUCCCCCAGCUUCUGCGCCCCCAGUCCCGGGGCACAGCCCAACCUGGAGGACCUUUACUGGAUGUCCAACUACCAGCACCACAUCAACCCUGAAGCCCUCAACCUCACCCCAGAGGAUGCCGUGGAGGCACUGCAGUACCCCGGGGAGGAAAUGCCAGCCUCCGGGCACCACCACCAGGUCCACCACCAUCACCACCACCACAACCACCACCUCAGGCUGGAGGAGAGGUUCUCGGAUGAGCAGCUGGUCAGCAUGUCUGUGCGGGAACUCAACAGGCAGCUGAGGGGCUUUAGCAAGGAGGAGGUGAUCCGCCUCAAGCAGAAGAGAAGGACCCUGAAGAACCGGGGCUAUGCCCAGUCCUGCAGGUACAAGAGGGUGCAGCAGCGGCACAUCCUAGAGACAGAGAAAUGCCAGCUGCAGAACCAGGUAGAGCAACUCAAGCAAGAGGUCUCCAGGUUGGCCAAGGAGAGGGAUCUGUACAAGGACAAGUAUGAGAAACUGGCCAGCAGGAGCUUCACCGCCAGGGAGUCCCCACAACAACCGUCCAACCCAGGGAAAGCAGCACCUGACUUCUUCAUCUGA